CAAACACAGCCCAAUGUAAAAUCAUAAAAUGAACUCAGGAGUGCGAAGAUGAUCAGACCGGGAUCUGAGAUCAGUUUGCCAUUGCAUACCGGGAUUUAGCCAUGAUUUCGCAGUUCUUUGUGCUAUCACAGAGGGGCGAUAACAUCGUUUUCCGUGAUUACCGUGGCGAAGUAUCAAAAGGAAGUGCAGAGAUAUUUUUUCGUAAAGUAAAGUUCUGGAAGGAGGAUGGAGAGGAGGAAGCACCACCUGUCUUUAAUGUGGAUUCUGUGAAUUACUUUCAUGUGAAGGUUGCUGGCCUAUUAUUUGUUGCAACCACAAGAGGUAAUGUCUCUCCUUCUCUUGUUUUGGAGCUCUUACAAAGAAUUGCACGUGUAAUCAAAGACUACCUUGGGGUUCUCAAUGAAGAUUCCUUACGAAAGAAUUUCGUCCUUGUGUACGAGUUACUUGAUGAAGUAAUUGAUUUUGGAUAUGUACAAACAACAUCUACUGAAGUCUUAAAGUCCUAUGUAUUUAAUGAACCAAUUAUGGUUGAUGCUGCACGUUUGCCAUCCCUUGGCGCUGCUGCCAUUUUUAUGCAAGGAACAAAAAAAAUGCCAGGGACAGCUGUUACAAAAUCUGUUGUAGCAAAUGAACCUGGGGGUAGGAAGAGGGAGGAAAUAUUUGUAGACAUAAUUGAGAAAAUAAGUGUCACCUUCAGUUCUAGUGGUUAUAUACUUACUUCUGAAAUCGAUGGAACUAUCCAAAUGAAGAGUUAUCUUACUGGCAACCCAGAAAUCCGUCUAGCUCUUAAUGAAGACCUUAGCAUAGGAAGAGGAGGGAGGUCCAUAUAUGAUUAUACUAGUUCUGCUGGAGGAGGAUCAGUGAUGCUAGAUGAUUGUAAUUUCCAUGAAUCUGUACAUCUUGAUAGUUUUGACAUAGACCGAACUUUGAAUUUGGUACCUCCUGAUGGUGAAUUCACUGUGAUGAAUUACCGUAUGACCCAGGAAUUUAGGCCCCCUUUUCGAAUCAAUGCUUUGAUUGAAGAAGCAGGUCCCCUUAAGGCUGAGGUGAUUCUUAAGAUACGUGCUGACUUCUCCUCAACUAUUACUGCAAACACAGUUUUUGUACAGAUGCCAGUGCCAGCAUACACUACUAGGGUUAGUUUCGAGUUGGAACCUGGAGCAGUUGGAAAUACAACUGACUUUAAGGAAGCAAACAAGAGGCUUGAAUGGGGCUUAAAAAAGAUUGUUGGUGGAUCAGAGCAUACUCUACGUGCAAAGCUCACAUUUUCACAGGAAUCACAUGCAAAUAUCACAAGGGAAGCUGGACCAGUAAGCAUGACCUUCACCAUACCAAUGUACAAUGCUUCCAGGCUUCAGGUAAGAUACCUGCAGAUAGCAAAGAAAUCCAAGACCUACAACCCAUAUCGAUGGGUAAGAUAUGUGACACAGGCAAAUUCAUAUGUUGCUCGUAUAUGAUUUGUUGAUUUUUUUGUUUUUUUUUGUUUUUUGGUGUUUUCCCCCUUCCCUUUUCUGUUGUCUUCUGGCCAUUUCUCCCUUCCGCAUAGGGCCAUUAAUUUACAUCAGAGUUGGAAAAGUUGACAAAGAGCUGUUCUCUCGGCUACAAUUUGAAAGUACAUGUACAUUAAGCUCAGUUUGUUUUUGGUUAAGCUUUAUGGCCC